GAUGGGGCUGUCUUGGAAGCUUUGAAAACAGCUGAGCUGAAUUUGACUAGCGAGAGACUUGAUUCAGUGUUGUUCCAAAACUUGUUCGUGAUAGCAUUAAAAAAUGAUGCGUAAAGCAAGGGUUUCUUCCUUGAUGAAGGUGGUCUCCAGUGGAUCAUGUAGUUGCCCGGCUCAUUCCAGAUCCUCAACCGCUGCCCUCAAUGCAUCCUCAGAGAAUGAAUACGCUUUCGAAAUGUCAUCCUCCACGAUUCGCUAUGGACCUGGAGUUAGCAAAGAAUUGGGACAUGAUUUGCAAAACCUGAAUGCAAAGAACGUUUGCGUUGUUACGGAUAAAAAUGUAGCAAAACUCAGUUCGGUGAAAGUGGCUUUUGAUUCUUUGGCACGGUGUGGCAUACAAUUCAAAGUUUACGACGAAACCCGCGUUGAACCCACCGAUGGAAGCUUGAUCCAUGCUGCAGAGUACGCGCGUCAACACGAUUUCGAUGCGUUCGUUGCCAUCGGAGGAGGAUCCGUAAUCGACACCUGCAAGGUGGCUAAUCUGUUCAGUGCCGAUCGUGAGGCAGAAUUUUUAGAUUACGUAAACGCUCCGAUAGGCAAAGCAAAGGAGGUUAAUGUACCGCUCAAACCAUUAAUUGCAGUUCCGACUACCGCGGGAACUGGUUCCGAAACAACGGGAGUCGCUAUUUUCGAUUUCAAAUCGCUACACGCAAAAACAGGUAUAUCCAGCAAAUAUUUGAGACCACGAUUGGGACUGGUUGAUCCACUGCACACGUUGAGCCAACCGGAGAAGGUUGCCGCCUACAGUGGUUUCGAUGUAUUUUGCCAUGCCCUGGAAAGCUUUACCGCGAUUCCGUACACAGAACGGGGAUUGGCUCCUAAAAAUCCGAGUCUCCGUCCACCGUACCAGGGAAGCAAUCCAAUUUCAGACGUCUGGGCGCGGUUUGCUCUGAAGAUAAUCCGGGAGCACUUCACAUCGGCUGUGUUCAAUCAGGAUGAUCUGAAGGCACGAUCCAACAUGCAUCUGGCUUCAGCAAUGGCAGGUGUAGGAUUUGGUAAUGCUGGAGUGCACCUUUGCCAUGGAUUGUCGUAUCCCAUUUCAGGACAUGUGAGAAAAUUUGUACCCGAUGGAUAUGAUGACGAUCAUCCGAUCAUACCACACGGACUGUCGGUCGUGAUGACUGCACCAGCGGUGUUCAAAUUUACCGCCGCUAGCUGUCCAGAUCGGCAUUUGGAAGCAGCUGAAAUACUUGGUGCAGAUGUGACGAAGGCAAAGCGUGAAGACGCCGGUGCAAUCCUUUCGGACGUGGUACGCAAAUACAUGUACGAUCUGAAGAUUGAGAAUGGACUCGACUCACUCGGCUUUACCCGAGACGACAUCCCAAGCUUAGUAAAAGGAACAUUGCCACAGGAACGCAUCACAAAGCUGGCGCCACGUACGCAGACGGAAGAAGAUUUGGCCGGGUUGUUCGAAAAUUCGAUGACUGUGUACUGAAGGUACGAAUCGAUUUCACGCAUCCAGAGAAUGAAUGACCAAUGACCAUGCGUCUCCUUUGGAUAUGAGUGCAUUUAACAGACACAAUUCACAAAUUACCGCAGUGAUUGAUGCAGAUCACAACAAAUCAAGCACUAAUUACUUGUGUCAAAACAGCUAAUAUAACUGAAUAUGUAAACAUAACCAAAACUGA